UUGUUAGAUUAUCCCAAUCUGUAUGCAGCUGCAGACUCCUAAAAUCCUCGGAUGCUGCAAAGUAUGUGCAGCCGCUGGUGGCAUCAUCCGCUCAGCUAGCUCAAAAUCCGCGCCCGCCUCGCCUGUGUCGACCACGACGCCAACCGACAUAGAUCGAAGGUACUCGAUAAGGUACUUUGGUGACAAUUGGCGCAAUUGGAAACGCAAGACUCCAGUUUUGAUCAGAGACACUCCGAAAAAACUGGAACGAAAGGAACCCGAUCCGCUUUAUAAGUACACUGAUCAGUUUAAAGAACAGGCGCUGCAGAAUGCGAGUGAGUGGCUGGAGAGAGACGAGCACUGCGAACUGUUUGGAGAGGAGGAGACUAAGGAGUACUGGGACAACUACUCCAAGUACAAGACAGACUACCUCCAGUGCAUACAGAGCAUUCAGCAGGAGGUUGGGACACACAACGCCACAUCACAACAAGCCACAACAAGUGCAUCCGAUGCUAAAGAGAACUGGUUUGGGAGUUCAGCUGAGAAUUUAAACGAAGAGUGGAAUUCAGAAUUAAAAACGGAACGAGACAAAUUCAUCCAAUCGGAGCUCAGCUCUCGAUCUGAGAAAGUGCGUAGAUGGAAACAACUGAUGGAGAAAGAGAACUACAUCUCGCAACUCAUUCACGUCAAAAGCGAGAGACUUGCGAAUAUUGUGACAGAGGAGAACAUUGACGAGAUGAUCUCAUUGGCUCUCAAUUCAACUGCGUGUGACUUCAACUUCGCCUUAGACAACGAGGGAACUGUGCAUAAAGGGGUAGCAUUUGACAGAGAGAAUGUGCGAUUGUUGAAUGAAUCCAGGUCACCGUCUCUGACCAAAGGUUUUUUUGAGAAGGCUUCCUUUGCUAGGGGGGCUGCUGUUGAAUUCGAGCAGGAAGCUGAUGUUUUGGAGGAUGAAAGAGUUGCAGGAGAACUGGGAGAUAUUUUUGGAGAAGAUUUGUCGGACAUGGACUCAAUACAGGCUGACUUAAAUGAUGAUAAUAACGAUUCAAACGUUUGAACAAUUUACUUUUUUUUUGGUUG